GAGGUACGGCUGGGGAAUGAAGGCAUCAAAGCGCGACCCCAACCAUGGGGAGAAGGCCUUACGGCCGGUGCCGCCGACCCUGAGAACGACGAAGAUACGACGACCAAGACGACGACGACGCGCGACCACGACGACGACCUCGGCGGGACCCUGCCCGGCCACCUCUUGGUGUCCCUGGGCCGGCGCGUGAUCUUGCAGAUGGAGCUUAGCCGCGGCUGGCCGGCGUGCCCCGCCGUGACCUGCGGCCUCUGCGACUGGAUGAUCCAGUGA